AGCAGCAAACUCCAAUUCGCUCCUUUGGUGGGUGGAUGCGCUCCUCUUAUCUCCAUUUCUCUGGACCAAAGCGAAGUGAAUAUGAAGCAACGAAAACGACCCAAGUCCCGUUUGAAAUUGGAGAUGGAGGUGGACAGAUUUAGCAACUUACCAAGUGAUGUUGUAGAAAAAAUUUUGUCACGUUUGCCCAUUAGAGAGGCAGUGAGGACAAGUGUUUUAUCAACCAAGUGGAGAUACAGAUCGGCUAUGCUUCCUCAUCUUGUGUUUGAUGAUCAGUGUGUCUCAACACGAAAGAAUAUAACCUUUGUGAACAUUGUUGAUCAUGUACUCCUAGGUCACAUUGGCCCCAUUCACAAGUUUGAGCUUUCUGGUGGAGAUUGUCUACACAAUUGGGAUAUUGAUCGAUGGAUUCUUCAUCUGUCAAGAAACUCUAUCAAAGAGUUCAUACUUGAGAUUCGGCAAGGGUUCAAGCAUACAAUUCCUUCAUGUUUGUUUUCUUGUCAAGAUAUGAUCCAUUUAGAGUUACUUGGAUGUGUGCUAAAACCUCCAUCAACAUUUAAAGGCUUCAGGAAUUUGAAAAGCCUUGUUUUUCAGCGAGUUACCUUGGCCCAAGAUGUGUUCCAAAAUCUAAUUGCUUGCUGUCCUCUGCUUGAAAAGUUGACUUUGUCAAUUCCCACUUUCGACCAUCUCAAGAUUGAUGCACCAAAUCUCCAAUUCCUUGACGUCGAAGGUGAUUUUGAGGAUGUUACUUUUGAGAAUACCUUAAAUCUGGCUGAUGUUUGCAUUCGUAUCUACCCUCGCGGAAGAACAUGGGUUUGUGACAAUAGCAAUUUGGUCAAGCUUUUGGUUCAGCUGCCUCUUAUCCAGAGGCUAAAGAUUGGGAGAUAUUUUUUGCAGAUUUUGGUUGUUGGCUCCUUGUCGCCAAAGCUUCCUAAACCAUGCGUAUAUUUGAAAUUUCUUUCCGUAAUGGUAAACUUUAAUGAUCCGGCGGAGGUUUUAACUGUCCUAUGCCUCCUGAGAAGCUCCCCUGCUGUCCAAGAACUAGAAAUUGCUCUAUACCCUGCUCUCGAAGAAGAACAAGAUUUUUAUGCCCGCCAAGAGGUUCAGGCUGCUUUGUCAGAAGUGAACUCUUUAUAUGGCAACUGGAUUUUUCCAUUGACCCAACUUCGACUUGUCAAAAUAUACUAUGUCUCUGAUGUCAAAACUGAAUUAGAUUUCAUCAGAUUUCUGCUUUUAAAUUCUCCUGUGCUCGAGAAGAUGAUUGUUACACCUGAUGAUGGCAGUGAUUCUCUGAAGCUCAUUAAAAAGUUUCUCCGAUUAGGGCGUGCCUCAGUGCAUUCAGAGAUAAUCUUCUUGGACCCAUAUUCAUCAGGCAACUUUAGCAGCUAAGACAGGAGGAUUUGCUUGAAGAAAUGAAUGUGGUUUUGGACUGUUGGGAACAAGUCUUUUUGGUAUAUGCCUGCCUAUGUUUCUUAACUGGAUGUCUCAUACUUGAAAUUCUCUUUGUGGAGGCAUAUGGUGUUUAAAGUUAACUCGCUUGGGGAUUAGGAAUUAGAUAUAUCUGAGUUCAUUUGCCAAUUUACAUCCUUAUUGAAACAAAGUUUGCAGGGCAGAACAAUGUCUCACAUGGAAAGAAUUAAUUAAAGCAAACUUAUUGUAACAGUGAAAAUACAAGGAGUAUAUGCUUCGGAAACUAA